AGACUGGAUUGUUUCACCGAUAUUUUUACUAUUUAUUGAUCGUUUCCAAUUGAUUUGUAUUUCUGUAUGCAGUUUGUCAUAUUUCUGGUUGGACUUUUAUUUCAUGUGCUGAAAUUGAACUUACAGUAUACGAGAGGUCAUUCUUGUCAAUACUGUCCUGACGAAACAACACACAAAUGUAAGUUAUCUGUUCAUGUGUUUCAUAGAAUAUCAAUGUGUGUUAUUUCCAAUAACAAACUUCACCUCGUUUCAAUAUGGUCGUUAGGAGGUAAAAUGCACAGCUUUGUACACUACUACUACAACUACUACUACUACUACUACUACUACUACUACUACUACUACUACUACUACUACUACUACUACUACUACCACUCCAGAUCCACAUACUGUCUAAAUCAGUGACUAAACGUUUGCGUCAAUGUAAUGUCCAUUCAUCAGUAGUUUAUAUGGGUAAUCGAACUAGACGUUUCUGCUACAUUCUAAUUAGUGGAGUCUACACAUACAUAGAUUACUAGAAAGAUUUCUCGAUAAUUGUCAAAUUGAGAUUGAAAAAUGAUCAGUAGCUGACAGAAAACUGAGGUGUGAAUCAAAUAUGUGUCUUCAAAUUUAAUGUUUCAUCGCAAUGUUGUUCAAGUAAUAAACGCAUCGGAAUGCGUGGAUAUUCCGAAGUGAUCAAAACCAAUCGGACAUGAGACACACACGGUAAAACAAGCAUGAAAACCAGUGACCAAAUAGAGAUAGCAGACACAAGCGAACAGACACAAUUAAACAGACACAACCGACAUUCCACAUCACACACCAACAAGGUUUACAUGACUGUCCACUUAUCACUAACAACCUAACAACACUCAACCAAUAGUAAUUGAGUGCAUGGAAUAUACGGUUGGUGGCAGAAAAUUCUCAACGUGUCACCUGUCUGUCUCACACUCUCAUUCAAAAUCUUACUUUCGUUCAGUUCACAACCACAUGACAGAUUGCUCGAUCAUGAUCAAUACACCUCGAAAGUCAGCUUGUGCAUCAAAACUUCCUCCUCCAACAUCACAAACACCAACACCACCACCACCAACAACAACAACAACAACACAGUCGAACAUGACCAUGGUCACACGAUACACAACUGAGGAGGCGAAUGAGUUAGCCAAACUGGUAUUGAGAUAUCGGGAUAUUUGGAAAGACAAGAAACAGUCAUCCGCACUUGUCCAGAAACAUUUGUGGAUGCAAUUCUCACAGUAUCUACACUCGAAGGGAUGGCCGAGAAGGAACUGGACUCAGCUGCGUCGAAAGGGUCAGAGUUUGCUGAGGAAAUUCAAUGACAUGACAACCAACCAGUUGGAGGUGUCGAAAAGCAAUCCCAAUCCCCUUGAAAAUCCCUCGAACCACACGCCACUUUCCAGUUCCAAUGCAAACCCACACGUGAAUGGACACAUUGGUUCGGUGACCGAGAACCAGUCGAGUGUGCAUCGACCCAACUUGCCUACACUGACCCCGUCACCAGUGGUAAGCACCACCUCCAAACGUGCCACACCAUCACUCAGUUCCCCUACAAACCACGUGCAACCGAAUCCCCCAAACACAAGUGGUCCAAAAAUCCUCAACGCAUUCUCAACAGCUCACAUAUCUCAACAACUGGCCAUUCCACAUGAUGUUGCAGUGCUGCAGCCAACCACCACCAACAACAACAACAUGGUUGGUGAGGUGGCGAUUAACCGAGUUGCCUUACUGACUCCUCUGUCAUGUAUCUCGUUCGGAGUGGCGAGAGCCCAUACUGCAUCCGAAUCUCCUGUUCGAGAAGUGAAUAUGUCGAAGCCACCAUCGGACCAACCGAGUCGAAAUCCUGUGACUGCAACAAUUGAUUUAUCAGUGUCGAGUGAUGACGAGGAGAGCUGUCAAGAGUUGAGUGGAACGAGAGAUCAGGUGAACACGAAUCAUGUGAAUGAUUUGGGUGAAACGUCCGAGGAUAGUGUCACAUCGGAAUGUGAGGGAACCCCAUUGUCAGAGACGUUGAUUCACAAGCGAAUAAAAUGUCUAGAUCUGAAGAUUGAAAUUCUGCAGAUGAAGAAACAAUAUUGGUCGGAGAAACUGAAAUUAUCAACGAAAAGCUGAAUGUUUGGUGAGAGGCGAUCCAUGCAUGAACUACCAUUGUGAUUGUCAUCAAUUCUAUUCAUGUGAAUAGUGCACAUUUGUAAAUUGAAUUUAUAUCUAUGUAUGUAUACAUAUUGUGACUGACCUAUCUAUCAAUGAAUGGACAAAAAUUGUUCUUCAUUUUCAUCAUUAUUGUGUAUUCGUGUGGUGUGUGUGUGAAGUUGUUUGUCUGUUAGUUCUUUUGUUUUGAAUCGAUUUGAAGUGGAGUGUUGUGCAAUACUGGUUUGUUUCAAAUGUUGAGUGGUUGACUACUCUGUUGCAUACUGUACAUAAUUAAAUUGAAAUGUUGGUUUUGUAAAAAUCCAAUUUCUUUUUGUCUUUGAAUUAAUGACGGUGAUCGACAAUUGGUUAUGUGGAUGACGGAUGAUAGUUGUCUUAGAAUACACAUAUAUUAGACGUUUGUCAAUUUUGUUUAUUAUCAUGAUGAAUUGGUUUAUAUUGAUAGAUAUUUAUUCUAGUGAUUUCUGUGUAAUUAACUAUUUGAUAUUUCAUUGAUGAUGCAUAACAUGUUCGGUAUGUUCGGUAAUCGACAUAUGUGUAUAAUUGAUGUCAACUUGAAAUUGUUGAUGAUCGGAAGUGAAGGAGAUUGUUGAGAAUGAAUGUUCUCAUUGGGAUGGUGAAGAGGUUAAUAAUAACACUAAUAAUAAUAAUCAUUGUUUUUGAAUAUGUUUGUUCUGUUUCCUGUUAACUCAUUUGUAAAUAGAAUUGUUCAGACUGAAAUUGUGUAAACUUUCAUUGCCUGUUCUGACAAUUUUAAGUAUGUAGUAGAGAACGGUUGAAGAAUUAUGAGGAUUAUGUAGAUUACAAUAUAAUAGAAUAAUUGACUGAUGAUUGUGUUUUAUUUCGUGUACAACGUGUGUGUGGAGAUUUGUACAGUUGCCUGUGUUACUUUGUACAAUAUGAGAUAAUGAACGGCUUGUUAGAAU